GGGCUGCCAACUUUCCAACACUCCAGCGAGGCGAGCAGCCGCCUGGAAUUUAUUGUUUUUAUUGCCCGCAGAAGUCGCCACGGUGGCUCAGGCGGGGGGACAGGGCAGCGGAGGGGCUAAACAACGACGGAGGGUCCCAAAGAUGUUCAACAAAUUCGCCUCGAUCCUACAGCAUGCGGUGGAAGCGAUUGACAACUGGAGUGGUGAUCUGGAACCUCGUCUGGCACCAAACCUUCCCCUGCAGGAGGAUUUUGUCUACCACUGGAAAUCCAUCACUAAAUAUUACAUAGACAAUACAGAUGACAAGCGUCCGGUGGACCAGACCAACAUCCCGUCUCACCUGGAGCAGAUGUUGGAGAUCCUGAUCCAGGAGGAGGAGGAGAGGGGGGAGGCGGGGCCGUGCAUGGAGUAUCUCAUGCAGCAUAAACUCCUGGAGACCCUCCACACACUCGGCAGGGCAGAUUGCCCACCUGGAAUGAAGCAGGAAGUUUUGGUGUUUUUCACAAAACUUCUGGGGAAAAUUCAGCAGCCGAUCCUACCACAUGUCAACGUGCACAGACCAGUCCAUAGGCUGAUCCGAGUGUGUGGUGAAGUACAGGCAGCACCAACAGAAAAUGAAGAAAUCCAGUUUUUAUGCACACUGUGUGCCAAACUUAAGGACAACCCGUAUCUAGUCAACUUCUUCCUACAGGGUGUGGAACUUACCAAGUACAGUAGUGAGGCCCCGCCCAAAAGUGAAAGCACACCAUCAUCAUCGCCCAGUAAAGGCUCUGAUUCGUCGUCAGGCAGCGAGGGGUGUCCGGAGUACAACAUCAUCGACUCAUUACUGAGUCUGACACAGAGUCCCGACAGCAGAAUAGCGGUGAAGUCAUGUGAAGGUCUGAUGCUCCUGGUCAGCCUCCCAGAGCAGGCCGCAGCAGACUGUGCAGUGAAACACACACGGCUGUGUGAGGUACUGACAGACAGACUGAGCCUGCUGCACAGAGCUCUGCCUGCCACCAUGGAGCCAAUCGACAUAGAGUCUGUAGAGGCCAAAUGGGGGUUAGAUUUUAGUGACAAAGAUGACGCUAACCAGUUCCCGGGAAAACGACAACUGACGUCUUUCCUUUCAUGGCUGGACUACUGCGAUCAGCUGAUCAAAGAAUCUCACAAAACCAUAGGUGCUGCCCUGGCCUUCGCUGUGAAAGAGAGGUUUUUUGUUCCAGUGUUCGAGCCUCAAAUCAUGCAGGCGUCAGAGGUCGGGGCACUCACAGCAACAGCCCUGCUGACCCAGUGUCUGAAGAUGGUCACCUCAGAACAUCUGCUGCAUGAACUAGUGAUGUUUUGCCUGGGAGAGUGCAGGGACAUGGAGAUGCCUGGAGACGCGGCCAGGAGACACAAACUGAGACAUCGGGUCAUUGAGAGGUGUGAUCAUCUGUCGGAUGAGUUGAGCCUGGUGUCCCUGAGGCUAUUUGAAGUCCUGCUGCAGAAGCCCCAGGAACACGUCACGCACAGUCUGGUCCUGGCAAACCUGGAGGAGAGGGGGUACUACGACAUCAGCAAAGAAGAUGUCACUCAACCCGGUAGUCAUGACAACAGCCUCAAUGUCAGUAAAGACAGCAACCCCAAAAACCAAGAGCCUGCUACUAGUGACUCUGUUAAUAACGAAGGGCUAAAUGUUAAUCAAAGUCCUGAUAGUGAGAGUGGUACCCAAGCAAAUCAGGGCCCUAGUGAGACUAGUCAACAGGACAACCAAGAUGCCAAUCAACCUAGUAACCAUGACAACCAGGAACAUGUAGCAAAUGGACUGUCCACAUCACCUCCUGUGACACCCACAACACCCACUUCACCUGAUGACAUAGAGGACUGGUUGAAUGAGGAGAAGUGGUCUCCCCAGAAGGACUCCCCCACUAAGGACAAGGACGGGUCCCCGGUACACAAGGUCGUCAACACCUUCCUGUUCCUGGUACCAGAUGAGAUCAAGUCGUCAUCACAAGUAGAAGGGACGGGAUACGACAUGUACCUCAGGGAUGCCCACAGACAGUUCAGAGAGUGCUGUAUCAGCUCUGUCAACUGGGACUGGCCGAGUGUUGUGAAACCCCUGCACAAGUGUCGUACUGACAUCCACUUCUACGAAGGGUCUCUCCUCAAGGUGUUAUUCGACAAGCUGUCCAGAGUCUUGGACCAGCCAUACGAUGUGAACCUCCAGGUGACGUCCGUGCUGUCUAAGCUGGCCCUGCUGCCCCACCCCCACCUGCACGAGUACAUGCUGGACCCCUGUAUCCCCCUCACCCCCGGGGUCAGGUCACUGCACUCUGUACUCAAGAGGGUGGCAGCUGACCUGAUGUUACGAGCCCAGCGGAUCCCAGACUUCAACAGGAAACUGGUGAUGGUGAGGCAGCAGCUCAUGGGGAUGGCUCCGGCUGAGAAUGUUGACCACAGGACUCUGCUGGAGGGUGCGAUUGUCCUGGAGGAGUUUUGUAAAGAGCUAGCCGCCAUCGCCUUCGUCAAGCACCACGCGACAUCCUCACAAAACUUCCUACAAAAAUAGGUUUAGCUGCAGUAGUUUUAGUUUGCAGUAGCUGGUUCAGUUCUCUUCAGUCUUACUACUUGUAUUGGCCAGAAAAUUGGCCAGUUCUGGGAGCUUGGGUAUAUAGUUUAUUUAGUUUUAAACAACACUUGGAGUUACAUAUGCGAGGCUUAGGUGUAAUAAAUCGUAAUAAAAUAUUCCAAAAGGCAGUUAUUGAAACAGAUACAGUGGUGAAAUGAAAUAUGGUGAUGGUGUAUCGAUCGGUGUGAGAAAUCGGUAAAUCCAAGACAGUUUCUGGAUUGGUGAAGUUAUGCACAUUACAGUUUAGUUUCCUCAACAAGACACACCCAUAAAAUUAAGUUGCUAGGUACAGACAAGCAUAUGGGACUGAAAGCAGUGAAAACUGGAUGGUGGAAAAAAAGCAAUGUGUUAUUCAAGAAAUACAUGAAGAAAUUCAUGGCUAGAGUAAUUCUUGCACCUUUCUGUACUGAUGCUAGGUUGACACAACUGAAAACUCCUUAGUCUCAUCCAGAUACAAGUAUUUUGUAUGUAAGAAGUCUAUUUUUCAGUUUACCCAUUCUUGUGGAAAGCUAGUCUGACCGACUUCAUUUUCCAGCGUUAUGAAGGGAUAUUGAUAUCAAUGACCAGGCUGUAGUGGAGUGUCAUAUUGUGAGUCUGAAAGAAGUGUUACAAGUCGGUUUUGAGUAUUAUGUAUUAUUGGUAUGGCUUCAACAUACAUGUACUAUUUGUAGUACCAGUAUUCACUGCCUGGUCUAGCCUUCCAAAUAACUCCAAAAGUGAUCUUAUGUCACAUUAUUUAAGCUCAUGUUUUCUUGUAUAUAGUUAUUACGUUACAGAAGAAUGAUAUUCGGUUUAAAUUAGUUUAGUGGGUAAAAAUUGGAUAGUUGGGCCAAUAUGGUGCAGAUGUGCCACUGUCGCUAGCUUUCCUCUCAGUAUUUUAUGUAUUCACUUUACCUGUUUAGCAUAUAUCUGUUAAUUUCUUUCCCUUGUUAUGCAUUUAAUUUGUAUUCGAAAUAUAUGAUGUACAUGCAUGUACCAAUGUUUGACUCUCGGUAGUUGUGUGAAAGAAAAUCACUUUUUUAGCCUAGAAUGACAUUUAACUUGUGCCCAGCUGUGAAUGUUUUCGUGCAUCAAAUUUGUAUUGAUUACAGCAUGAGUCAGCAAUGAGAGGGAUAAGUAUAACUGCUUGUGAGUAAUUUUGUGUGCAAUAGAAAAAAUCAUUACCAUAAUUUGUACAGCAGCACACUUCUGUCAAAACCUAUAGAUAAAGAAAUGUACAUGUACAAUGUCAUCCAAUAUUUGACUAAAAUUGCCUCUCUGCAGUAACAUUCAAGUAAUGUGAUGCUUGCAGAAUUUUCUAACAGCAAAAAUACAUGUAGUUAUUUGUGUACAAAUAGAAAAUAAUUGGCAUUUUUCAAAACUGUUUGCUAUUGUCUCAAAAUUCCAUCCUGGCUAAUAAAAUUUUUAGAAUUGACCCCAUACAAAAUUAAAGCUUUGCCAAAAUUGCUAAUAUUAUAAUAUAAAAAAUUAAAGUACUUCAUGAUAAAAGUAGAUACCUGUGCUUACAAACUUCUUCAAUUAACUUUAAGAAAUAUUCCUUUGUCUACUAGUAUUUUACGUUUUGAGAUUAGAAUAACAGAUCCAAUGUUCCCCAUAUCUGUACAUAAAUCUACGGUUUCUUGCCACAGUGAAGACCUUCAUGAGAAGGAUCUUACCCCAGGAACACAUUGUAAACUUUCUGCAUUCUUUAGUCAAACAUUUAGGAACUUGGUAAAGGUUAUGCUUAGAAAAUUUCAUUAGCACAGAGACCAAGGACUUCUUACAACUUAUUUAUUCUCAUGGACAUCAAAUAAAGCUAAUUUUAAGUACACAGAACUUGUAUGCUUCACUUCUUUAUUUGGUAGAAAACUUGACAUAACACAGAGCCUAUGGAAUGAGAGCUACUAGAGUUCAGUUAUCAGACACAAACUACACGAGCAAUAUUACACCUUUUCAAUGAGGCUACCGGUAAUUCAUUGACCUACUUUGACUAAAUUUCAAAAAUAGUUGAAUAGAUGUAGUCAACAGCUCAGUAAAGUUAACUGACAUCUUACGUGCUGCAAUACAUUUGUGCUGUAUUAAAAACCAAACAUGUACAGACAUCCCAAAACAAUGUCAACAUUGCACUGUUUGCACAUUUAGCAACUGCAUCUAAUACACAUUUAGAGGCUAAUGGUACAUGUUAGCCUUCCCUCUGCUGCAGUGUUCUAUCUGUAGUAGCACAUAUGGCAACGCCUUUUCUGCCCCUAUUGCUGCAGUGUCAUACUUCAGCAGCUGCUGCAGGAUUUGAUGCAGCUGCACAUGUACCCCCUACUGUAGCUGCAGCACA